AGUUCAUUGGAAAUUUAAAGAGCCAAAAUCAGAGUUCGAACCAGGUCUCUCUCUAAUGGCGGCGGCGAUGGUACUCUCUCUGGCGGUGCUUCUUUUCUUCUUCAUUUUUCUUCACCUUCUCGAAUCGUUCUUAUGGAAGCCGGAAAGGCUAAGAGCGAAGCUCCGUAAACAAGGAAUCGGCGGUCCCUCGCCGUCAUUCCUCAUCGGAAACGUCCCUGAAAUCAAGAAAAUCCGAGCCCUAACUUCGGCGGCGAAGAGCACGGAAGCUAAUUCGGUUACGCAUGGUUGGGCUUCGAACCUGUUCCCGCAUUUGGAGCAGUGGCGGAAUCGAUACGGGCUGAACUUCGCGUUCUCGAGCGGGACGAUUCAGACGCUGUGCGUAACGGAGAUGGAGAUGGUGAAGGAAAUCAGUACGUCGACGUCGUUGAGUUUGGGGAAGCCUGAUCACUUGCGGAAGGAUCUUGGGCCCUUAUUGGGCUUGGGUAUUUUGUCAGCAAGUGGCCCAACUUGGGUUUUUCAAAGGAAGAUCAUUGCUCCUCAACUCUACCAUGAUAAAGUCAAGGGCAUGACAAGUCUGAUGGUGGAAUGCACGAACUCCAUGCUAAGACUAUGGGAAGCAAAGGUUGAGAAUGAUGGAGGACAAUCCGAAAUAAACAUUGAUGGAUAUUUUCGAACCAUGUCUUCCGAUAUUAUCUCGAAGGCCUGUUUCGGAAGCGAUUAUUCCAAAGGGAAAGAGAUAUUCCAAAAAAUUAGAGCUCUUCAAGUUAUCAUGUCCAAAGAAAGUGUCGGUAUCCCGGGUUUGAGGUACUUCCCCACCAAAAAAAAUAGAGAAGUUCGGAAGUUAGAGAAGGAAAUCGAGUCAUCAAUUUUAAAAGUGGUAAAUGAACGAAUCGAGAGCAGUUCACACGAGCAAGACUUGUUGCAAAAGAUUCUUGAGGGUUCGAAAAGUCUCAACGAAGAUGACAAGUCGUUGAAAAUAACUCGAGACAAGUUCAUUGUCGAUAACUGCAAAAAUAUAUACUUUGCUGGUCAAGAAACGACGGCAAUAACAGCAUCAUGGUGCUUGAUGUUACUAGCAGCACAUCCGGAUUGGCAAGCUCGUGUUCGUUCGGAGGUGCUUCAAUGUUGUCGAGAUCGGCCUAUCGAUGCAAAUACCAUUAAGAACAUGAAGACGCUGGCAAUGGUGAUACAUGAGACAUUGAGGCUCUUUCCACCCGUACUUCUUGUCACAAGACAAACAUUAGAAGACAUAAGAUUCAAAAACGUUAUGGUUCCGAAAGGCGUAAACGUUCAAAUCCCGAUCUUAAUCCUGCACCAAGAUGCUCGUCUCUGGGGACCUGAUGCGCACUUAUUCAAUCCAAAUAGGUUCAGCAAUGGCAUCCUUAACGCUUGCAAGAACCCUUAUGCUUACCUGCCGUUCGGGAUCGGCCCACACGUGUGCGCCGGGCAACAUUUUGCAAUGGUUGAACUGAAAGUGAUAGUGAGCCUUGUUUUAUCAAGGUUUGAGUUUACUCUUUCACCUUCUUACGAGCAUUCCCCUGCCUUCACAUUGGUUAUGGAGCCUGAGAAUGGAGUUGUUCUCAAUGUAAGGAAGCUAUGAACUUUCUCUUCAUUACUUUUGGAAUAUGCGAUGAAAUAAAGGGGUAUUUUAGUCUUUAUAUUUUCAAAU